GAGAUACGCAACUACCCAACCCUUUUUGGUUGCGCAAGAAAAUUUUAGAGAUUCUACUGAAACAAGGAAAAAUUCGAUAAUUCAGCAUCAAAGAUGCCGUUUUUUAAAUUUAGUCAUUUAACUGGAAGAUUGACAGAGAACAAUCGUUUAAUUCCUCUCAAUCCAAUCAAACCAAUUCCAUUGGAAAGUGCUGAAAUACCGGUGAUUAAAUAUGAUACAAUAAAAACACAAGCUGUUAAAUCGGCACCAGCUACUGGUACCCAGAAAACUAAUUCCGAAUAUGGUCGUCUUCAUCCAAAGAAUCAUGCACUUAUGAAAACAUUACAGGCUGAUUUGGAAGCUCCCGUAUUCUUGGCUAGAGGAGCUCCGGAUAAAAUUCUUUUUGGCAUUACCUUUGCUUUGGUUGUAGGAGGAGUUCUUGAAUCCCUUCGAUUUUUAGUUAGGAAGGCCAACACUUCCGGUUAAUAUCAUAAAUGUUAAAAUUUUGUAGAUAAAUGAGAUAUUUAAUACCGUUCAAUUUAUUGUAACUCUUCUAAAACAGUAAAAUAUAAAUAAUAAAACAUUA